AUGCUGCGACGUCUGACCAAGCCACUGACGACUGGAGUGCGUUCAUUUGCAGCCAAGAGCAAGACUGCUGCUAUAAUGGAAGAAGUCGUAGACUUAGCUAAAUUUGUGCCCACCAACAUUCUCAAAGACGGCACACACCCGAUGAUCAAGGAUAAGGUCGAAUACCCUGAGUGGCUCUUCAGGUUGCUUGACCCAAAACCCACGCUAGGAGAGCUGGAACGUGUGGGCUUUGACAACAUAACUGAAAUGGAAGAGCAGCAUCGCUUUCUUGUUCUACUGAACCGCCAAGCCUUGAAGACAAACAAUGCGGAGAAGGCCAAGAAAUAA